AGAAAACAGUCGAAUCGGUUGGCUUGGCGAUCCAGUGCAGAACCGCAAGCGCAGCGAGCUAGAACGCCUCAGAAUCGGCGACGGAGAAAUCGCGAGAUCGGGAAUAUAUAUAUUAGCAAGUAGUAUAAAGUGCGGACUAGUUGAUUCGAGUGCGAGUGCCGGUGGAAAUACAUUAACUGCUUUUCCCCAUUUCUGUGCCCUCGGGUUCAAGUGUUUUAAAGCCUGAAGUGCCAGUUUUACACACAAAAUAGGUUGCUGCUUUAAGUAAUCCCGGGGACUCACUGGCGGCGACUUAAGGCCAUAGCCAUUUUAUCAGCUCGCUACCAACCAACGCAGCCAUGGAUUUUAGAAAGCAUUUGGGUUUAUGGAUGCUCCUCCUGGUCGCGAUACUCGCGUUUUACGGUCGCCCAGCGGACGCCUGCAGCUGCAUGCCAUCCCACCCACAGACGCACUACGCCACGGCGGACUACGUUGUGCAACUGCGAGUCCUUCGCCAGUCAGAGACCAUCGAGCCGGGCAAGAUCACCUACAAAGUUCAGAUCAAACGCACCUACAGGGCUACUCCCGAAGCGCGGCGAAUGCUACGCGAUGGUCGCCUGUCCACGCCCCGAGAUGAGGGAAUGUGCGGUAUACGGCUCAGACUAGGAAGAGUUUAUAUAGUGGCGGGAAGGAUUCCGUCGCUAAACUUAUGCAGUUACUACAAGGAGUACACUGCGAUGACCAAAACAGAGCGACAUGGCUUCAGCGGCGGAUAUGCCAAGGGCGCCAAUUGCACGGUGAUACCCUGCCUUAACGAGGGAUGCCAUAGAGGACCCAUUUAUGACGAUGAAUGCAAAUGGUCGCGUUCUGAGAAGUGCGAGACAGAGUACAGCGCCUGCAUGCCCCGCAAAGAACUAACGGUCAAUGGAUGGAUUUCCCGAUGCCGUUGGAAACACACGCAGCUCUACAAAAAGUGCAAGAGUAAUUCGUAAAGCAACACGGGUUUUAGUUCCCCAAGUCCUCCACUUGACCUUGUUAUGCUAUCGUUUUUCUCUGUGUAGAGCUUUAAUACGUACGUUACGCCUAAUGUGUUAUUUGAUAAUGGAUGCUUUCGAACUUGUAA